AUGCCAUGCCUCCCAGCAGAACUGCUGAUCGACAUCGUCCCACAGCUCUCACCCAAGGACUUGAAGUUGAAAAGGAUCCACUCGUCGCCAUCUAGUAUUCAUUGCCAUGAAGACAGUUAUGGUGGAUUCGGGUAUGAUUCCGUCAACGAUGACUAUAAAUUGGGUGCUUUACAUUGUUUGGUGCAUCAUGAAACAGAUGAUGAAAGGAUGAUAAUUCUAACCCUUGAUCUAGCAAGCGAGGACAUUUCGGAGCUUCCUAUACCCUUCCAUAUGUUUCCUGAUUUGAUUUCUCUCAAAUCACGCACAUCUGAUUUGGCUGAUUUGAUUUCUUUAGUAGUGAUGGGAGGGUAUUUAUGUAUUUAUCUAGUGGAGUGUAGAAGUAAGGCUUUGAUUAUGAGAGAAUAUGGAGUGGCGGAAUCUUGGACUAAGUUUUAUUCUUUUGAUAAGUGGGUUUACGAUUACAAGCCUUUAAUGCUUUCAAGUUGUGGUAAAAUGGUUCUUUUUGAGGAGGACUCUAGCCAUCUUGCUUGGUAUGAUCUACAGAAUGGGACGCGAAAACCUGUAAGAAUUUAUGAUAUGCCUGAAAGUUUUGACACAAUUACUUCUGUGGGGAGCAUUCAUCUUCUUGGAAGUUAA